AUGGAGCCUCGCAAGAGAAACAGAAAGCCCGUCGUGUGCACCGUGUGCAGAAAGAGGAAGAUCAGAUGUGACAGAGCAAAGCCUGCGUGCUCUGCGUGCAAGAAGUCCAACGUCUCCCACCUGUGCACCUACGAGGAGCCUGCCUGGGCUGCCUACGAGAACAGCUCCACCAACAACAACAGCAGCCAACACGGCUCCUCUGCAAACAACACUCCAGCUCCAAGAUCACCAUUCACGUUCAAACCAACAGCUACGGCUACUGCUCAGAUCCAGCAGCAUCAACAACAGGAAUUGCAGUUCCAGCAACAACAGUUCCAACAACACCUCCUGCAACAGCAACAGUAUCAACAAACAUUACAGAACCAGAUAGCUGCCAAAUAUGGUUCAAAUGGUAAACCAUUAACUGGUGCUGCCACUGCUGCUCCAUCCUCCUCAUGCUCCACUGCUGGUGGUGCUCCCAUCAGUGCACCUUACUAUCCAUAUGGUCCUCCUGAUCGAAGAAACCCAGCUCCUCAAUAUUAUGGUGCUGAACCUUCAACUAAUAACAAUGUCUUAUUACCUCCAAUUGCAAACCAAACUUACAACAAUAACCCUAAUUUAAUGUCUGAAUUGGAAUUCCUCAAGAAUAGAAUUGUUCAAAUCGAAGGUUAUAUGGGUGAUCAUCCACCUCCUCCUCCUCAUCAUCAACAACAACAAGGUUCUCAACAUGCUCCAAAUCAAUAUUACACAGCACCACAACAACAAUUACCACAUUAUAACCCACCUCAACCUCAACAGCAUCAAGCACCACCUUCUCAAACUCAAGCCACAACUCCAUAUGGCAUUCAAUUACCUUCUAUCAAUCAAAUUAAACCAUUAUUUGACCCUGCAAAAGAUUCACAACUUCAAGAAUCUAAAUCACAAGAUGAACAACCCCAAUCAGAUUCAACCACUAAACCAAAUGAUUCCAAUAUAGACCCAACUUUAAUUGAUGAAAGUGAAAUCAUCACUUCUUUCAAAACAAAUACUCCAAAUUCAAAAUAUUUAAACAUGGAAAGUAGUGGUAUCUUUGAAACUGUUUCAUAUGCUAAAAAAGAUGAUUUCCAAACAAAUUUUUACCUUUGUUUACAAGCUCAUGAGGAAAAAUUAAAGGCUCAAAGUGAAAUUGAAGAAUCUAACACCCCCUUAAGGAAAAGAGUUAAAUUAAAUGAUCAUUUCCAUAAUUUAUUACAAAAUCCAAAAUAUCAAGUUGAAACUUUUUUCAAAUAUGAAGCUACAAAUUUAACUGAAAUUAUUAAAAAAAUCAAUAAAUUAUUACCUUAUAAAAAAAUCAUUUGGUUAUUAGUGGAGAAAUUCUUCACAAGUUUUGCAGAUCCAUUCAUUCCAGUUUUAAACGAGGAAGAAUUCUCAUUAGCUAUAACUAAAAUCAUUGGUGAAAAAGAAUUAAAUGAUUCCAAAAUUAAAAUCACUGCUGAUGUUAAUAAUAGUCAAGAUUUGGUAAAUUUAACUUAUCUAUUGAUGAUUUUAAGAAUCUCUACAGUUUCAUUAACAAAUACAAUCAAAUUGGAUAAAUUUAACAAUUUCUUGUUGAAAAAUGCUCCAGUAUCACCAGAAUUUGAUUUUAUUAUUGAAAUAAUGUUGAUUUUUUUACAAAAUUUUAGUAUUGAUAAAAUGACAAGAUUAAAAUUAAAGCUUUUGGAAUUGUUUCUUUUCAAUAAAAGUGCAGAAUCUAGUGAUGUUUCAGAUUUUUAUCCUGCUGGGUUGGCAAUUUCAUUAAAUUUGAAUAAUAAAAGUGAAAUUGCUUCAAAUAAUGACCAACUGAUCAAGAUUUGGUAUCAUUUAUAUUUCCAAUAUUAUAAUUUGAAUAUGGUUAAAGGUAUCCCAAUUUUCUUAAAUGAUGAAUUUUUCAAUUUAGAAUUAUCAAAUUUUACAAAUGGUAAUUUAGGUGAAAAUUUCCAUAAAUCAAUUAUAAAUAUUUAUGGUAAACAAAUUGAAUUAAACAAGAUAAUUUUCAAAAUUUGGAAUAAGUUAUACAAUUUCUUGAAUCAAGAAGUUACAGUGGGUGGAUUAGAACAUUUAAUUGAUGCUUAUGAUCAAUUUGUUUUAUCAAAUUUUAAAGAUUAUGAUACUUAUAAAAAAGAGGUGAAUUCAAAUUAUUCAAACAAAUGUUUUAAUUUAAUCAAUAAUGCAAAUCAUAAAUUAACUAAAAUGAAUUUAAACUGUUUUAUUUUAAUCCAUUAUGAAUCUGAAAAGACAAAAGAUAAAGCAAAAUUCAUCAAACUAUUGACAGGUAUAUUUGAUCUUUGUAUUGAAAGUGUGGAGAAAAGUUUUGAUGUUUUCAAAAAUUAUAAUUCUCAUUUCAAUGCUGGUUAUGAAUUCAUUGUUUUCCCUUCAUUAAUUGCAUUAGUGGAUAAAAAUUCAAAAUUAUUGAUGGCCACUGCUCUUAGAUUAUGGUGGGCUAAUAAACCAUCUUUAGCAAUUUUCAAAUUCUUGGUUAAUAUGGUUGAUGAAUUGAAAGGCUUUACAUUCCUAGACAAUUCAUUCACUUGUUGGAAGAUUAAAAUGAAGACUUUACUGUUUAUCAAUUUAUCAAAAGAUGCUUAUUUGAAAAAAGAAGAUGCAAUGCCAUUACUUGUUAAAAAAUUAAAUUUGGAAAAUGUGGAACAAGAUAUUAAAUUUGAUAAUUUAUAUACAAAUUUCCAAGAUUUUACAGAUACUGAAAUGGAAACUUUUGAGAAAAGUUUGGAUAGAUUGAACUCAAAAUUUGACAACAAAUAUUCAAGCAUGACCACUUUGGAUGAAUUUUUCAACAACUUGGAAAUUGAACGUCCAGCAUUUGAUAUUAAAUUAUUUUAUUGA